AUGGCCAGCUACAUCGCCUCGUACAUCCCCGCCCUCAAAUCGAUCCUGCCUCAGUCGUCACCCUCUGUUGCUGCACUGCCAUCAAUUGGCGAUGCGGCUCCAGCACCCGUGGGCUUAAUCGACUUGACACGCGGCAAUGGCAGUCCCACUCUGGUGGCUUUCGUACGGCAUUGCGGCUGCCCGUUUGCAGAGAAAGAGGUGCAAUUGCUGGGAGCAGAAAGUCGCAAGCACGAGAAGCUGCAUGUGAUUAUUGUACAACACAGCGAUGAGGCGACAUCAAAGCAGUGGUUCGAGGAUGUUGGUGGCAAGAAAGCAUUCCCGGACUCGACUCGCUAUACUAUUGUCUCAGACUCCGAGCGCAAGAGCUACGCAGCAUGGGGAGUGGGAUCGCUAGGUUGGGGCGGCAUGGUCAACGGCGAUAUAAUGGGAGCGUUGAAGUCGUUGAAAGAGUCGGAUGGCAUUGAUAUGAGGCCCACCGGAGCUGGAUCCUACCGAUGGCAGAACUCUGGCGGGUUUGCUGUUGAUGGCCAAGGCAAGAUCAGGUGGUUGAAGAUUGCUAAGGACUCUUCUGAUGUGUGUGAUUAUGCUGAGGCGGCUGGGACGAUUGUGAAUGGUAAGGCAUCGCCGCAGACACAGAGUCGUCUGUGA